GCCGUCGGGGGGCGGGUGGGGAGUGGAGGUGUGUGGUAGGUCAAGCGCAGCCCCGCCAUGAAGAAGAUCUUUGGCCUGGGGAGUCAGCUGGGCGACGCCCCCCGGGGCCUCCUCAGCACCCUGCGGAAGAUCCGCGGGGGCAGCGACUCUGAGGUCGACAGAGACAGCAUCUUCUCGGAGUCUUCCUACCGCGUCCGAGAGCGCGAUCUCAGCAAGAUCCACAAAGCCGCCCACCAGGGUGACGCGGAGAAAGUCCACAUCCUCUUGCUGAAGAAAAGUGACGUGGACGAGCGGGAUAAGAAGAACAGGACUGCCCUACAUUUGGCCUGUAUCCAGGGCCACGCAGAUGUAGUCAAGCUCCUGGUGAAGAACAAAUGCCAGGUUAACAUCGGCGAUAGCGAAAAUAGGACAGCUCUGAUGAAGGCUGUACAAUGCCGGCAAACAGAAUGUGCAUCUGUUCUGUUAGAAAAUGGUGCAGAUCCAAAUGCUAUGGAUGACUACGGCAACACUGCCCUCCACUAUGCUGUGUAUAACGAGCAUGUAGAAUUAGCAGCAAAACUGCUUUCACGUGGUGCAGAUAUCGAAGGAAUAAACAAGGUAUAG